GUAGGGCUAUGUAGGGCUAUGUAGGGCUGUGUAGGGCUGUGUAUGGCUAUGUAGGGCUAUGUAGGGCUAUGUAGGGCUGUGUAGGGCUGUGUAUGGCUAUGUAGGGCUAUGUAGGGCUAUGUAGGGCUGUGUAUGGCUAUGUAGGGCUAUGUAUGGUUAUGUAGGGCUAUGUAUGGUUAUGUAGGGCUAUGUAUGGCUGUGUAGGGCUGUGUAGGGCUGUGUAGGGCUAUGUAGGGCUAUGUAUGGCUAUGUAGGGCUGUGUAGGGCUAUGUAGGGCUAUGUAUGGCUAUGUAGGGCUGUGUAUGGGUAUGUAGGGCUGUUUAGGGCUGUGUAUGGCUAUAUAUGGUUAUGUAGGGCUAUGUAGGGCUGGGUAUGGCUAUGUAGGGCUAUGUAUGGUUAUGUAGGGCUAUGUAUGGUUAUGUAGGGCUAUGUAGGGCUGUGUAGGGCUUUGUAGGGGUAUGUAGGGCUAUGUAGGGCUAUGGAGGGCUGUGUAUGGCUAUGUAGGGCUAUGUAGUAUUAUGUAGGAUUAUGUACACUGCUUUUAGUAACUAACGGGGAACCACUAUAUGAUGCUUACACCACGUACCUACCCAUUUUUCCCACAGUCCAUAUUUUAGAAGCAAGAAUUGAAGCGAACCGACAGAGGAAAUCAGAAAUGCUUAAAAAAAUGAAAAACAUUAUAUCUUGCAACUUUGUUUUUUUUGCAUAUCGUAUUUGUCUUUCGGUACUGAAAUCCGGGGGAAACUAAAACGCAACUAUGCUAGAUCUUAACCAACAACAACGCGCUCGAUGGAUUUAUUUAUAGGUUACAUAGUUUACGGUUUUUGCAGGGCAACGAUAACUUGAUGCCGAUAAAAACUACUGGAGCAAGUGUCAAAUUUAUCGGAAGCAAGUAUACUCAAGAAAGCUUUAUAAAUAUGAGCUUACUGCUCUACAUAUCAUAACUGAAUAAAAAUUAACACUUCAUAACAUUUCACUUCGUUUAUUUCGAUCAGUCAACAACUUGAAUCCAAAGUUAAAAUUCAAAACGAUCCUAAAACAAAUCGCAACUACUACUGAAAACUCUGUACCUUGAAGCGACUUUAACUUUCCUAAGGUUUGCAGCAAAACACUGCUCGAUAGCUCAACUCUUCGGCGGCCUUUUCUUAGCAGGUAUACGGAGCUAGCUAUAUGUUGCAUAUUCCAAACUCUGCAAAGGGAAAUUGUUUAACAGAAAAAGAAAACCACACACUAUGUCUGAAAAGCGACAUAAAAUCAAUAAAUUUGCGAAUUACCAAAAUAUAAUAGUGAGAAACAGUCCCGCCUUCGACUGCCAUGUUUUUGUUUUUUUCUGAAGACCGUUGAUCUAUGGUUUUUGACGUAAUGCGCAUGAUCAGUACACAAAUCCGCUGGCAAGACCCUUGCUGAUCGCUUUGCAAGUUGUGAGAACAUCGUUUGGAUUUCAUUUAAGAGAAUGUAUGGGAAGUAGCUUCCCCCCCCUGGACCGGCAUCUUCGCAAAAACAACUAUGGAUUCUCCGUGCUUAACGACAAGGAAUUUCACGAAGAGGAAGACAUAACAGGCCAGAACCCCGAUUUUAGUGCGCGCAGGAGGAGGCCUAAUCUCCACAGCAACCACCGCAAAUCGGUUUCCAAUAACAGACAAGGUAAUUAGUUUUAAGCAUUCCUCCAGACACCUUUGGAGAGCGCCGGACACAUUGCCUGUCAAGGAACUUUGCACUUCUGAUUAAACGAACCAGACAUCUCAAGGAAACGCGAAAUUUGAUCAGACUAUUUGGGUAUUAUAAAUUCAUUUCACGGUCGAUUGAAAAUUUGGAAGUCGAUCUUCGCGCCUCUGGCUUCGCAAUUGAUAACUACAGUUUUCUCGCCGCAUUUGGAUUCAAAUAGGCUUGAUACGCUUUCAAUGGUUUUACAAGUGCUUUCUUUUAAGAAAAUAGUGCUCCGAUGGCUUAUUUAACUUCUGCCAAGAGUAGUAUGCCGUGUCAACAUUGGUGACCUUCGAAGGGAAAACAGCGAGUCGGCGUAUCAAGUUUUUACUGUGGAGCCACAAGUAGGAAUACACUCUCUGCUGGCACAUCUUUCUCCGGUUUGGAAGGAACUCGGCGUGGAAAAGACCCUGACCAAAGAAAUUUUUAAAUCUUCUCUAUUUGAACGUUUGAGAAAAGCCGUCAACAAUGCAUAUUUUAUAGUCGCCGGAGAAAACGAAGGCGAGAGCUCGAGCUCUACUUCACAUCCCCUUGAGGAACAGCAAGACCGAUUAUCUGAUUCAAUGGACGACCUUUUUGAUCAAACGGCGAAGGAUUCAAGUCUUUUUUCUCUGGCUUAAGACGAUGUAAGCGUCGAUGUGCCUCCAGUGACAAAUCACUCUCCAAAAAUCCCGCCAAGCACUGUCGAAAUCCCGCCAAAAUCUUAUUCGCUGGAAGGAGCCCAAGACGCUGGAUUACUCCAGAUAUUCUAGCUUCCACUUCAACAUCUUCGUGUUCGCGUGGGCGAUCUGUAUAAUCAACGUCACAGAUACAGUAUGGUUUCUAUAUCAGUCAUUUUAGCCUCCUUGAAAUGUCAAUCAUAAUCCAAAAAUUAUUAUUUCAGGUUACCUUUGUAUUUUUACUUGCUUUUUACUUAAUUAAUAGGCCACAUUAUAGGGCUACCCUCUCCCUCAGAGCUUACAGGCGGCGCGCCCAAGAUUCUGAGGUGAAGGUAGUCUCUCUUUUGAAAUGUCGGUCAUAAUCCAAACAAUUUUUGUAGGUGAUUUUUGUAGUGUCAUAGGCCAAAUUAUAGGACUACCCUCUCCCUCAGAGCUUACAGGCGGCGCGCCCAAGAUUCAGAGGUGAAGGUAGUAUUUCUUUUAAAAUGUCGGUCAUAAUACAAAUUAUUUUUGAAGGUUGUUUUUGUACUGUCAUUUGUUUUUGAAAUAGGCCAAAUUAUGGGGCUACCCUCUCCCUCAGAGCUUACAGGCGGCGCGCCCAAGAUUCUGAGGUGAUGGUAGUCUCUCUUUUGAAAUGUCGGCCAUUAUCCAAAUUAUUAUUGUAGGUCAUCUUUGUUUUGUCAUUUGUUUUGAAAUAGGCCAAAUUAUGGGGCUACCCUCUCCCUCAGAGCUUACAGGCGGCGCGCCCAAGAUUCUGAGGUGAUGGUAGUCUCUCUUUUAAAAUGUCGGUCAUUUAUCCAAAUUAUUAUUGUAGGUUAUUUUUGUAGUUUCAUUUGUUUUUGAAAUAGGCCAAAUUAAUUAUGGGGCUACCCUCUCCCUCAGAGCUUACAGGCGGCGCGCCCAAGAUUCUGAGGUGAUGAUAGUCUCUCUUUUGAAAUGUCGGUCAUUAUCCAAAUUAUUAUUGUAGGUUAUUUUUGUAGUUUCAUUUGUUUUUGAAAUAGGCCAAAUUAAUUAUGGGGCUACCCUCUCCCUCAGAGCUUACAGGCGGCGCGCCCAAGAUUCUGAGGUGAAGGUAGUCUCUCUUUUGAAAUGUCGGUCAUUAUCCAAAUUAUUAUUGUAGGUUAUUUUUGUAGUGUCAUUUGUUUUUGAAAUAGGCCAAAUUAAUUAUGGGGCUACCCUCUCCCUCAGAGCUUACAGGCGGCGCGCCCAAGAUUCUGAGGUGAUGCAUGGUAGUCUCUCUUUUGAAAUGUCGGUCAUUAUCCAAAUUAUUAUUUUAGUUCUUCUUUGUACUGUCAUUUGUUUUGAAAUAGGCCAAAAUAUGGGGCUACCCUCUCCCUCAGAGCUUACAGGCGGCGCGCCCAAGUUUCUGAGGUGAUGGUAGUCUCUCGUUUAAAAUUUCGGUCAUUUAUCCAAAUUAUUAUUGUAGGUUAUUUUUGCAUUGUCAUUUGUUUCUGAAAUAGGCCAAAUUAUGGGGCUACCCUCUCCCUCAGAGCUUACAGGCGGCGCGCCCAAGAUUCUGAGGUGAUGGUAGUCUCUCUUUUGAAAUUAUAAUUGUAGGUUAUUUUUGUAGUGUCAUUUGUUUUUGAAAUAGGCCAAAUUAUGGGGCUUCCCUCUCCCUCAGAGCUUACAGGCGGUGCGCCCAAGAUUCUGAGGUGAAGGUUGUCUCUCUUUUAAACUGUCAGUCGUCAACCAUAGUAUUAUUGAAUUUUCAUUUUCCAGAGUUCAUAUUGGUACCUUCUUUAUAGUUUUACGUGAUUUGUGGCAAAGACAAGACCAGGCUAACAAAUUUAUUCUACUUUAUGCGUGGUGCGACAAUCACCGUGGCUGACUGGCCUCCAAAGUUCCUUUAUAAUUUGGACGCUUCUCAGGAGUUCCUUCACUGCUUGUAAUCCAGAAUUGGCGAUUCUCAGCAGCUUGAAGCUCUUGCUUUUCAUCAGUUGUUCCUUGGACGGCGACCUUUUCUUGUCCCGAGUACAAUAUCGAUUCUCGAUUCUCGACUCUCGAUUACCGUAUCUUGCUGGUGCAAGGUUUCGGCAACGGGACCAGUACUAAAACCAUUGCAGGAAUAUCACUGCCAAACUGCGCAACAGAAUGCACGAAAAACCUCUCCGGUAGUUGAAAAAAAAGAAAAAGAACCUGCGAUGUAAUUAGGUAACUUAUUCAUGGUGUUCAGCUUCCGGUUUAUUCAGCUUAUUGCCAGUUGUAGGCAAAGUUCACGCGCACAUUAUCGCAUUCUAACUGGGUCGAUUGUGAGGAAACUGUUAUGUCAGUCAUUGACUAAAAACCCCCGCGCGUUAAGCCUUUGUGCGACGGACGACCCUUAGAAAUAUAAAUUGCCCACACUGAUCACCAAUUCUACUUGCAAAGUGUUGCUGAUUGAGUUGUGUAAUGUAUUCUAGAGUGUAAAUUUAGUACUAACCUCGCAGACAAGGAUGCAAUGAGACAUUUAUUUUGCGUAGUUAGGCCUGCUAUCCAUUGGGCAACCAUCCCUUUUAUUUUCUUUCGAUAGCCUGUCCAUGCACUAACCUUUGGCUACAGAAACUAGCUGCCUCUCGCUGUACCAAAACUUGAUAGUUUUGGCGUUCAAUAUUUUUAACGGAUGCUCACAAAACACCAGGACUGCAUCGUGCGCCUUUG